AUGGCGCGCGGGAGGAUCGUCGUGUUCGCCGGAGCUGCGAUGGCAGCGGCGGCUCUAGCAAAGUAUCUUUAUGAUUUCUACAUGAAGGGACAAAGGAGGCGCAAGAAGGCGAGAAGAGUCGUGUUUGCACUGACAGGAUUCGGCAAGUUUGAUAAUGUUGAAAUCAAUCCUACCGACGUCAUCGUCAAGAAAUUUCCAUCAUACUUGGAGGAAAAUCCCCUUCCCUUCGAAGCUGCAGUCGACCGUUGCCUGGUCAUGGAGGUGUCAGCAGAAGGAUGCAAAGAGAGACUCUCUGCCAUGCACAAGACAUGUUUCCGCGAUCACGAGGAUUUUCGGGUCUGGUUGCACUUGGGGGUUGCAGCAUCCAAGGAAGAGUUUCAACUAGAGCAGGUUGCAUGGAAUGGACGCUUUGUUUGCAAUUGGAUCUAUUACUGCUCAUUGCGAUCUUGUCGAACAGAGGACCCCGAAGGAAGCGACUCCUUGUUCGUGCAUGUACCGCCCUUCAGCUGUAUCGAAGAAGGAGAGCAACUCAAAUUCAUCCACAACCUUAUCUGUCAAAUUGCCACGAAUCUCACGUCUUGA